GGGAACUGAGGGAAAGGGUAGAAACGCGCUUGGCUGUAGGGUUUUUGUCUCGUGUGUAAAUUCGGUGGCCGGGGUCUGGCCAUGUGCUCUGCGCUGUUAAUGGAGGUUUACACGUGAGCUGCGCUUCCCCUGCCGAGAGCCCCAGGCCCGUUCGUGUCUUCACGCUUCUUCAGGCCACGACCCUAAAUUGAUAGACCUGCCUACCACGUUCUCUUUGUAGGUCCGUUGUCCCUAGCUGAUUUGGUCCACUUUCGUUCCAAACCCUUUGAAAUGCCUUUUCUCUGGCUCUCCUGUUCUCAUUAUAAGUUACCCAUUCUCAUCACCGAAGCCCAGGCUUAAGUCCCCAAGGUUUCCCAGCUAGUGAAGGGGCAGGAAAAGCGACUUCGAAGCCCAAGCUUCCUGACUACUCCUGAUGUGUCUUCAGGCUGGCUAGCAUUGCUGUUUCAUUGAUUAUGUAUGCGAAGUAAGCAGGAGAAUUUUCUUAUACUGCCAGUCUUAAACAAAUAUGUAAUAUUUUCGGUAGAUUUAAAGAUAUAGUUCUUUCAGACACUCCAAUACACAUAGCACAUAAAAUGUCUAUCUUCUGUUGAAUUAAAACAGCUUAUCCUUCUGAGACUAAUUUAGCAGGGUUUUCCCCCCAUAAAUUUACAUGAUUACAGCUCAAUUGUUGUCCGAAAAAGUAUUUAAAGCAAAAUGGCCUCAUGUGGAAUCCAGGAUCUGCACCAUCUUAACUGUGUGACCUCCAGCAAUCUGUAUGACCUCUUUAUAACCAUCUAUAUAACCAUUUUUUUCAAUAAAGUAGCAAUAAUACUAGUAUCUACCUCAUCUAAUGAAGAUCAAGUGAGGUAAUUCUUGAAAAGUUUAGGAUGACACCUGGCACAAGAGGUUUCAUUUUCCUUUGAAUUCCUACAAACAGCAAUGGCAGCCCGAGUACUUGUCAUUGGCAGUGGCGCGAGGGAACAUACACUGGCCUGGAAGCUUGCACAGUCUCAUCAUGUCCAACAAGUGCUUGUUGCCCCAGGAAACGCAGGCACUGCCUGCUCAGAAAAGAUUUCAAAUACUGCCAUCUCCAUCAGUGAUCAUACUGCCCUGACUCAAUUCUGCAAAGAUGAGAAAAUUGAAUUUGUAGUUGUUGGACCAGAGGCACCUCUGGCUGCAGGAAUUGUUGGGGACCUCACCUCUGCAGGAGUGCGAUGCUUCGGCCCCACAGCAGAAGCAGCUCAGUUAGAGUCCAGCAAAAGAUUUGCCAAAGAGUUUAUGGAUCGACACAGAAUCCCAACUGCACAAUGGAGCGCUUUCACCAAACCCGAAGAGGCCUGUAGCUUCAUUAUGAGUGCAGACUUCCCUGCUUUGGUCGUGAAGGCCAGUGGUCUUGCAGCUGGGAAAGGGGUGAUUGUUGCAAAGAGCAAAGAGGAAGCCUGCAAAGCUGUACAGGAGAUCAUGCAGGAGAAAGCCUUUGGAGUAGCUGGAGAAACAAUUGUUGUUGAAGAACUUCUUGAAGGAGAAGAGGUGUCUUGUCUGUGUUUCACUGAUGGGAGGACAGUGGCCCCCAUGCCCCCAGCACAGGAUCAUAAGCGAUUACUGGAGGGAGAUCAAGGCCCCAACACAGGGGGAAUGGGAGCCUAUUGUCCCACACCUCAGGUUUCUAAGGAUUUGUUACUAAAAAUUAAAAAUACUGUCCUUCAGAGGACAGUAGAUGGCAUGCAGCAGGAGGGUACUCCAUACACAGGAAUUCUUUAUGCUGGUAUAAUGCUGACCAAGGAUGGUCCAAAAGUUUUGGAAUUUAAUUGCCGUUUUGGUGAUCCAGAGUGCCAAGUAAUCCUCCCACUUCUUAAAAGUGAUCUUUAUGAAGUGAUUCAGGCCACCUUAGAUGGCCUGCUGUGCACAUCUUUACCCAUUUGGCUAGAAAACCACACUGCAAUAACUGUCGUCAUGGCAAGUAAAGGUUAUCCUGGAGCCUACACCAAGGGUGUGGAGAUAACAGGGCUUUCUGAUGCUAAAGCUUUAGGACUAGAGGUGUUCCAUGCAGGCACUACCCUCAAAGAUGGCAAAGUGGUGACCAGCGGGGGUAGAGUCCUUACAGUAACAGCCAUUCAAGAAAACCUCACAUCGGCCCUUGAAGAAGCCAAGAAGGGACUCACUGCUAUAAAGUUUGAGGGAGCAAUUUAUAGGAAAGACAUCGGCUUUCGCGCCAUAGCUUUCCUCCAGCAGCCCAGGGGCCUGACUUACAAGGGAUCUGGGGUAGACAUUGCAGCUGGAAAUAUGCUGGUUACAAAAAUAAAGCCUUUAGCAAAAGCCACCUCCAGACCAGGGUGUGAUGUAGAUCUUGGAGGUUUCGCUGGUCUUUUUGAUUUGAAAGCAGCUGGUUUCAAAGAUCCUCUUCUGGCCUCUGGAACAGAUGGUGUUGGAACUAAACUGAAGAUUGCCCAGCUGUGCAAUAAACAUGAUACAGUUGGUCAAGAUUUGGUUGCAAUGUGUGUAAAUGACAUCCUGGCACAAGGAGCAGAGCCUCUCUUCUUCCUUGAUUACUUCUCCUGUGGAAAGCUUGACCUUAAUAUGUCUGAAGCCGUCAUUGCCGGAAUUGCUACAGCUUGUGGACAGGCUGGAUGUGCUCUCCUUGGAGGUGAAACAGCAGAAAUGCCUGACAUGUAUCCUCCUGGAGAGUACGACCUAGCUGGUUUUGCUGUUGGUGCUAUGGAGCGGGAUCAGAAACUGCCUCACCUGGAAAAGAUCACUGAAGGGGAUGUUAUUGUUGGAGUAGCUUCAUCUGGUCUUCACAGCAAUGGAUAUAGCCUUGUGAGGAAAAUUGUGGCAAAGUCUUCCCUGCAGUACUCCUCUCCAGCACCUGAUGGUUGUGGUGACCAGUCCUUAGGGGACUUACUUCUAACUCCAACCAAAAUCUACAGCCGUUCUCUGUUACCCAUCAUACGUUCAGGACACGUCAAAGCCUUUGCUCAUAUUACUGGUGGAGGACUACUGGAAAACAUUCCUAGAGUUCUCCCUCAGAAACUUGGGGUGGAUUUAGAUGCCCAGACCUGGAAGAUCCCCAGGGUCUUCUCAUGGUUACAGCGGGAAGGACAGCUCUCUGAAGAAGAGAUGGCCAGAACAUUCAACUGUGGGAUUGGAGCUGUCCUUGUGGUAUCAAAGGAUCAGACAGGGCAGAUUCUGGGUGAUAUUCAACAGUGCCAAGAAGAAGCCUGGGUGAUUGGCAGUGUGGUUGCAUGUCCCGAAGGUUCUCCUCGUGUGAAAAUCAAGAAUCUGCUUGAAACCAUGCAAGUGAGCAAGUCAGUGUCAGUGAAUGGCUCCUUGAAAAAUCAUUUCUCUGCCCAACCGAAAAAGGCAAGAGUGGCCGUCUUAAUAUCUGGAACAGGAUCCAACCUCCAGGCACUCAUAGACAGUACUCAGGAUCCAAAGAGCCACGCACACAUUGUUGUUGUUAUCUCCAACAAAGCAGCAGUGGCUGGGUUAGAUAAGGCGGAAAGAGCUGGUAUCCCAACCAGAGUAAUUAAUCAUAAGUUAUAUAAAAAUCGGGUUGAAUUUGACAGUGCAAUUGACCAAGUCCUUGAAGAGUUCUCCACAGACAUAGUCUGUCUUGCAGGAUUCAUGAGAAUUCUCUCUGGCCCCUUUGUCAGAAAAUGGGAUGGAAAAAUGCUGAACAUCCACCCAUCCUUACUCCCUUCUUUUAAGGGUUCAAAUGCUCAUGAGCAAGCCCUGGAAGCUGGAGUCACAAUUACUGGAUGCACUGUACACUUUGUAGCUGAAGAUGUAGAUGCUGGACAAAUUAUUUUACAAGAAGCUGUUCCUGUUAAGAGGGGUGACACUGUUGCAACUUUGUCUGAAAGAGUAAAAUCAGCAGAACAUAAAAUAUUUCCUGCAGCCCUCCAACUGGUGGCCAGUGGUACUGUACAGCUUGGAGAAAAUGGCAAGAUCUGUUGGGUCAAAGAAAAAUGAAGCCUCCUAAUUUAGGAAUGGAACCAGUUUUGAAAGAAUUAUGACUAAUUGCUUGGUGCCUUUGAUUCAUGAACUUAGCCUAAAAGAAAAACUGCUAACAAGAAAAGACUUCACCCUUAACCUCAUUCACCAUUUUUUUAAUACAGAUUCAUUAAAAACAAAACUGUGCAGGA